UGGAAGAGCACGUGACUCCCCUCCGUGGAAAACAUGGCUGCGCCCUGUGCCGCUCAAUGCUUUUACAGAACAGGUGGUUCGAGGCUGCUACAGAGAGUGGCACAGCUGCCAAUCUGCAACAGGAGCUCAUCUGGUACCAACCAAUGCCCACCUCACCGAAGCUUCUUCUGGAGGAAAUCAAAAAGUUCCAGUGUGGUCCGGCCUGCCAUAGUGCGCCCCUCUUAUGCUGUACCCAAGCACAUUCAGAGGCCGGACUAUGUAUCAUCCAGCAAAGUGCCCGAGUGGCCAGAUUACAUAGAGAUUAAAGAUGAGGAGCAGAUCCAGGGAUUAAGAAGAGCAUGUCAACUAGCCAGACACGUACUGCUUCUGGCAGGAAAGAGUUUGAAGGUUGGCAUGACGACAGAUGAAAUAGACUUUAUAGUCCAUCAGGAAACGAUUCGUCACAAUGCCUACCCCUCUCCUUUACAUUAUGGGGGGUUUCCGAAGUCUGUAUGUACCUCUGUUAAUAAUGUAGUAUGCCAUGGCAUUCCAGACAGUCGGCCAUUGCAGGAUGGAGAUAUCAUCAAUAUAGAUGUCACAGUUUAUUUGGAAGGUUACCACGGUGACACCUCAGAGACAUUUCUGAUUGGCUCAGUCAAUGAACAGGGGAGGAAGUUAGUGGAUGUGGCUCGUCAGUGCAGAGAUCAUGCCAUCGCCGCCUGCGGACCAGGACAACCUCUGUGCAUCAUUGGCAACACUAUAAGCAAUAUAGCUAACUCAAAUGGAUUCCGCUUGUGCCCAUACUUUAUCGGUCAUGGGAUCGGAACGUAUUUCCAUGGUCAUCCAGAGAUAUGGCAUCAUGCCAAUGACAAUGAUCUACAGAUGGAAGAGGGCAUGUCCUUCACCAUAGAACCCAUUCUUAUGGAGGGAUCCUCAGAAUUCAGGAUCCUGAGUGACAAGUGGACUGCUGUAUCUGUGGAUGACAAAAGAAGAUCUCGUCUUUCCCUAUCAGUCAGUCACGUUCGACGUUACGCCAGAUCUGAUUGGCACAAUGGGAUCUCGCCUGAAAGCCCAACAAAACAAGCAAAUGGACAUUGGCGAGUGAGAUUUGCAUGGUAAGCCAUCCCCAUACAUACUGGUAUAUAAGGCAGCAUGCAACUCUUCCUCAUAUAAGCUUUCACUUCAGAGCCGAGCGGUUUUCUCACUGUGUUCUUGACAAUCGUCUUGCAAGUGAGCAUGCUGAGGUAGCGU